AUGAACAAAUUGAGAUCCUUCAUUCUCGCCUUCGAUGUAGUCUUCCAUUCGUCAUCUUUAAUGUUCGUUGCACUCGCUCUCAUCGCUGCGCGAAUCGAUGGCAAAGAGGUAUCACAGUACGGACAGCACCUCCAACAAGUGCUUCUUCUGUCGCCGACUAUCUUCCCCGUGAUCUUCGCUGCACUUAUGGGACGGUGUUUCAAGUACCUAGGCUUAAAUUUAGCUGAACGUGGUACGACUCUCGGUCGCCUGGAGCAGCUCAUCGGUUCGACCUCACUUUUCUCUGCGCUCGAGCGUCAGAUAUCCUUGCGCGGAUUCUCAUUGAUCGGGUACAUAUUGAUGAUCUUAUGGCUCCUUUCCCCGCUUGGAGGUCAAUCUGCCCUGCGUUUGAUGGGAGAAGAAACAAACAGCGUCUUCUCGAACGGCACUAUUCAAUAUUUGAACCCUGAUACAGUCGUGGGCACUGCUAUGGGCGCGGCAAGCGAUAUCAACAGUGCAAGAAGUGUAUUCUCGCCGAUCUUUCUCGCUUCGUUGCUUUCUAGCUCGAAGUAUCAAGACACGUCCAUGGACCUUUGGGGCAACGUCAAGAUGCCGCGGUUUGCAUCUGUCGAAAGCAGUACGUCCGACGAGUGGAAGACGAUCAAAAGUGACAAUAACACAAACAUCACGUAUGCUUCGUUGAUUGGCAUUCCCGUGGCUCAGCUUGACAAGAUCGGAGCAAGCAACUUCUCCGUCAAGGCACGGCAGUGGGAUGUAGACUGCGACAAGAAUGAGAUGCAGGGAGGAAAACAAGCAGACUUCGGCAGCAUGGACGUGUCAACCUGGAAGGUCGCUUACACCCCCGUCAACAGCUCUUGCAGCAAAUGGCCAUGCUCCAUCAGCUUCAAGUCCAUGGCCAACAAUGAUGCUGAAAAUAAAGACUACUUUAACUAUACCGUCGCCAGCUGCAAGUUAUCCUACGAUGCGUACGAGACGAGAAUCAGUUGCAAAGGGCGAUCCUGCAUCCCCACUGCGAUAAGGAAAGUUGAUUCGUACAUCGGCGUCAAUUACACCCGAGACACUGACGCCUUCUUCCGGAACACCCCCGCAUUCAACACCAUGAUAACCCUGCCGCGCAUUGACAACCUGGGUGUAGGCUCAGUAGCCUUCCGCGGCAGCACGAACGCAGAGAAAUGGAUGGCCGAUCCCACAAACUUCGUCGGGCUGAAGACUUACGUCCAGCUCUACGAGUUAAGCCCCGAGGUCCUGUCCAACAGACUCACGAUUCUCUGGAACUCCUUCUUCCAGUCCACGUACGCGAUGAACACGCUCGGUGGCAAUCUCGACCAAACCUUCGACAAUACCACUCAGUCGACAGACUCGCAGCUCUUCAACGGGACUGCGUCUACGAUUUCGACGCCCAUGCCGAGCGUUUGGAAACUCAAUUGGAAGUGGUUCACUGCGCUCCUGGUGUCGUCGAUUAUCCUCCAGAUUGCUGCGUAUAUGGGGUUGUUCUUCAAGUACUAUACAUGUGUCCCGGACAUCAUUGGAUAUGCGAGCAGUAUGACGCUAUUGAAUCCUUAUGUGCCUACGCCGACUGGUGGCACGACAUUACAUGGAUUAGAGCGGACCCAUAUGCUGCAGGACAUGAAAGUCAUGAUAGGGGACGUGUGUGCGAAUGAAACUAUCGGUGCGGUAGCAUUUGCAAAAGCGGAUGAGGGGAGAGUCGCACGUUUGACUAGGAGGAGAUUAUACGUAUAG